CUGUAGUGAGGGCGAAGCGGAAGAAGCCCGGUGGUGGAGAGCGACGGUCAAGAGAAAUUCCUUUCAAAAGGCCCGGCGCUGAAAAGAAGGCGGUGAGAGCGCAGCCGGGCGACAGAAAGUGCUCGGCGCGGUCAGAUUUCUCGCGCUGCUCUAGGUUUCCUGCAAAGCGCUGGGAGUGCUGCUGUGAAGAGCCCCGCUCUUUCCAUCUUCCGAUCUUCUUGUCCCCCGCCUCGCCCCGCAUCCCCAAGGGCGUGCGAGGAAGAGGAGGUGGUGGGGAGGCAAUGUACCCGCUGGGUUCCACCUGGAAUAUCUCCUUCGCGGGCUGUGGGUUUUUAGGGGUGUACCACAUCGGGGUCGCCAGCUGCCUCCGAGAGCACGCUCCUUUCCUGGUAGCGAAUGCCAAAACCAUUUAUGGAGCCUCGGCCGGAGCCCUGACGGCUACAGCUCUCGUAACUGGAGCCUGCCUAGGUGAGGCUGGGGCAAAUAUCAUUCAUGUCUCUAAAGAAGCUCGGAAGAGGUUUCUCGGCCCCUUGCACCCAUCCUUCAACUUAGUGAAAAUCAUCCGUGCCUGCCUGUAUAAGACCUUACCAGAAAACGGGCAUGAGCUGGCCAGUGGGCGCUUGGGUAUCUCGCUGACACGAGUCUCAGAUGGAGAGAAUGUCAUCUUAUCGGAGUUCAGCUCCAAAGAAGAGCUUAUCCAGGCAUGUGUCUGCAGCACGUUCAUCCCAGUGUACUGCGGCCUCAUCCCUCCAAGUCUUCAAGGAGUGAGGUAUGUUGAUGGAGGGAUUUCUGACAAUCUGCCACAGUAUGAGCUGAAGAACACAAUCACAGUGUCCCCUUUCUCGGGGGAGAGUGAUAUUUGUCCACGGGACAGUUCUACAAACAUCCAUGAGCUCCGGGUCACCAAUACCAGCAUUCAGUUCAAUCUGCGCAACCUCUACCGCCUCUCAAAGGCCCUGUUUCCACCAGAGCCUCAGGUUCUGCGGGAUAUGUGCAAGCAGGGAUACAGGGAUGCAUUGCACUUCUUGAAGAAGAAUGGUCUUCUCCAUCGUCCAAGACCCAUCCGCCCUCUGCUAGCCAUUGAAAAUGGUGCUGGGGAAAGAAACCAAGAAGAAGAAGAAGAAGAAGAAGAGGCAAAGGAAGAGGACCAGCUGAGAGAGAAUGCUGCAUUGGCAGAAGCUGAAGAACACAUUUUUGAACACUUGCCUCCUAAAUUGAAUCAAGCCCUCUUGGAAGCUUGUGCUGAGAGGAGGGGACUGUUCACUGGCAUUGCCAACCUGCUGCCUGUACGCCUGGCAUCUACCUUGAUGCUCCCAUACACUCUUCCUUUAGAGUCUGCUGUCUCAUUCACUGUCAGGUUGCUUGAAUGGCUGCCAGAUGUUCCAGAGGAUAUUAGGUGGAUGAAAGAGCAGACAAGGAAAGUCUGUCACUAUCUCAUGAGAAGAGCCAAAAAGAAGCUAGGAAGUCAUCUCUCAGCCAGGCUGUACUACCACCUGGAACUCAGAAAGACCCAAAGCUUGCCUCUCCCCUUGAGUGUUGGCUAUGGGGAGGCACUGCCCAAGUGGCUGCGAAAUAACCUCUCCCUGACGGACGUUAUGACAAAAUGGGAAGAGUACCAGCGUCAGCUGAUGCUGGGGCUGUUCUGUAUCAACGUGGACCUGCAGGCUUCCAUCUUCCCGUCGGAAGGGCUGCAGAUGAGACACCCACCAGCAAGCUGCACACAAGAGAGCCUCCAGCUCUUCUGAGAUGAUCAUCACACUUUGGGCAAGGGGGAGGGUGGGCAGCAGCUGCAUCUCAAGAGCAUCCUAAUGGCGCUCUGGUAAUACCCACUAAGGGAUUUCUUUUUUUCCCCAUUCGCAGAGAGAAAGAAUUGAUAUCAAAAUAGCCAAUCAUGCCACUGCUAAGCUGGUGACUGCACAGUGUUCAAACCCAUAGAAGUGUGUUGGGUGUUACGUAUGCUCUUGGAGAUUAUGGUGUAUAAAUACUCAGUGACUGCAACACAGGUGGUUGGUCUCUUCUUGGUUGAACUGAAAAGAGUUCCACUUGGGCCACCUCUAGAAGGCCUAAUCUUGACCUUGUUGUUUGUGAUAAGAGGACUGGGACACAAUCAGAACUCUGACAUUUCUUUGUUUUUAACCUCCUUUCUUUUAAAUCAGUAUUGUAAAAGUGUGUUUGUUUUCAUAGAGUUGAGUCUUCCAUGGAUCAUUUUUGUCUGUGCUAUAGAACACUGAAAAGCAGGCAGGUUAGAAUGGCUGACUGCCAAAUCGUGUCUUGUGUUUGAGACAGCCCUUGGUUUUCAACCCUCAAUAGAGGCACCUUUUUAACUCCUGCCCCAAAUGUAUGUCGGUGCUGCUGCUCUUAAUAUAGGUGUUAGGAGUUCAUAAUUAUAAAACAGCUCUUAUAACACUAGGGUUCCUUGUUCUUCUCAGUCUUACCCUCUUUGGACAGAGGAGAAAUAUUAGAAGCUCUGAAAUGUGCUUACUAAAAGUAUGCUUGAGCUAUAUUACUCUUUUUUUUUAAUGCCCCAUACAGUUUGGAUGCUCUGUUUCUUCUCUCCCCCCCCAAUUUUUUUUAUUAUCUGUCUUGAUUCUUCAGAUACUCAAUUAUAGGGGGGGUGUAAAGAAGGGUGGAGGAGGAUGGCAAGAGCUAAGACAGCCUAGUGUAUGUUUUUAAAAUGGUUUGUGCCUCACCUGAUAGCUGGAGCUGGGCAUAUGAGUAGGGAUUUUAUUCUACUCGCAAAAGGAAAAUGAAGCUGUUGCAAAUUGGAGGUCAAAAUUGAUGCUGGCCCAAAUGGAUAUAUGUUGUCUGUGGAAUCCAUCUCCACUUGUGCCAGUGGUGUAUUUGAUCUCUUUUGAAAGGAGCUGGCAGCCUUAACAGAAUUAUGGCUGUCUGUGGUGGUUAGUAAGAAGGAUCAGGAGUUGGAAGUCCCAAAAUGGAUGACAGUACAGUGUGAACAGGAGAAAAAGAGCUGGCUCAUAAGUUAGAAGUGCAAAAAGUGAAUGUCCAUCAUUCUUUGUAUCCUGCUAAGGUAGAGGAACCUUGAGCCUCCAGGUGAUGUUGUUGGACUCCAGUGGCCCCAGCAAGCACGGCCAGUAGUCAGAAAUGAUGAGUGCUGUAGUCCAGCAACAUCUGGUGUGCCACAAGUCCACCACCACAAUUUUUCUCAAUGUUAGUUCAGUGGUUCUUGGUUCCCCUUCUACUAAGGUAAUGAAACAUAGAGAUUCAUGCCUUGUAGGGUAACCUGCAGGUCAGGUGUGGGGAGCCUUUGACCCUCUAGAAGUUGUUGAACUACAACUCCCACCAGCCCUAGCAAGCAUGGCUAAUGGUUAGCAACAUCUGCAGGGCCAAAUGUUCCCCACACCUGCUGAAGUUUCUUCCCUCUCCCCAGUUCAUAUAGCCAGAAGGGUAUUUAGUUUCUUGGAGGGUUUUGAAGCUUUCUGAGUCAGAGCUGGUAUGUGUUCCCAAUGCUUUUGCUAUGUUCUCUACUUUCUGGUGUUGUCCGCAGCAGUAUGUGUUCAGGAUUAAGCACUCCAUGUAGCAGCACAAAACCCAUCUGCGUAUGGAAUCCCUCUUUCCAUAGCCUCUUAUCAAAUGUGAUGCACCUACUACUAAUUGUCACCAGCACUGAACUUUUAUCUCGUGUUUCACUGCUGUUUCCUUGUCCAUGCUACUGUGUAGCCUGGAAAAGAUGUCCUGUGUUGGCAAAGCAGCACCAUCCUCUAUCAUAUAGCAAUACUGUUUUCUCUGGUUUGUUUUUCCAUUGGGAUUUGGGUAUAUAUAAAAUAUUUUUUUCUUCCCUGCUGUGAUUUGUACUAUAAAAGCACAAUUGUAUUUGCUCUACAGGGACAAAUGUUUUGGUGCAUUUGUACUGUGGGGAAGAAGGUUAACUUCCUUCCUACUCAAACCAAACUAACAUCUUUGUUCCUCUUGUUGUGCAAACAAUCUGUUGAAUGCCAAAGAUAGCCCAAUGGAUGUGGGGAGGAGGGGGAGAGAUGACUUAGUACGUAUCAGUAAAGAAAUGUUAAUAGUGAUGGAAUUUCAAGUGCUGCUGGAGAACAAAGGGGUGGAUAUACUUUGGUAGACAUACUCGGUGUAUAUAUAUCCAGAAUGAACAUUGAAUAGAUUUGUGUUUCAAAGCAGACAAAUGGUGGCGUUUUUGCACUGAUGAACUGCAUGUGACUCUUUAUUAGCAAAGGCCCAUGAGGUAUACCUGCUUGCUUUUUUUCUUUUUCAGAAUGAUUGAAAGUGGCUAAAGUUAGGACACUAUUACCCUGUAGUGCAAAAACCUUCUAGUGGCCAAAUGCUUCCAAGCUGGAAGGCCAACAACAGCAUUUUUAGAAAUGUUUCCUCUGCAGAACUUCUGGAGUGAUGGAGCUGUAAAGAGAUUUUGAGAAUGGGCUGUUCUGUGAAAACAGGCUUGACGCUGAAAGAAAAAUCUUUCAAGCCUUACUUGUUGGCUCACAUAGCACAAGCACCUGCCUUUUUCCCCUUUGUGCCAACCUUCUUAACUGUUUCUUAAAAAUAGUUUAGAAAAGUGGAGUCCUUAAAGUGUGAAGCCUUUGUGACUGGGCAGGAUGGGAGUGGUGAACCUUUGGCAAUAGCCAAUUUAAUAGUCACUCUUCUAUACUUUAUGUAAACACACUGGGUGGCAAGGAAUUCGCUGUUCUCUGCAAACAUUUGCUUUGGAGCUCUAGAAGCAAAUCGCAAAAGAUCUACAUGGCACCCAGAGAAUCUUUUAUCCUGGUCUCUCAGAUCACAUUGAAUUUCUAUUCAUGAGAACUGAACUUCAGGGGAAUUGUUGCACUGUUCUGUGCCUUUUUAAUUUUAUGUUGGAUGAGAAAACAAAGUAGCUAGCAACUAUUUUUAAAUGCCCUUGGCAUUUUAACAGAAAUAUGUCUGCGGGACCUGGCCCAAAAACAGAACUUCUGUUUGGAGGAAUAAAAGGCUCUUAAAUUGAUUAUACUUCUACCUAUCGCAUACAAAGGUUUGUUUGACUCCCUGCAUUAUAGCUGAGGGAGAAAAGAAGCACAAGCAGAUGAGGAUGUUCAUAGUAAAACAAAACAAACAAACAAACAAAAAACCACCCAGCCACCAUUCCUCAUUCAUGAAAUAAUAGCAAGCAUUUGUAAGCAGAAGUCUUCUGAUGAGAAGUCCCUGAUAGAUAUCCAAGUACAACCACUGAAAUGUCCAUGGAUUUCAGUGGGUCUCCUCAGAGUAUGACUAGCAUUGACUGUCACCCAGAAUCUCUCCCCCCCCAAAGUAUGUCUUGGCAAAAAUGAGAAGUGCUUGUAUAUCAAGAGUGUUCUCACCCACAUGAAGGAUAGUAAUAGCUAGAGGUUUGCUGCAGUUCAAGUGAACUAUUGUCUGACUUGCCUUAAGUGUCUUGAUUUUGAAAUAUCCAAGAAAACAUUGCUUUCCUUUUGUCAUCCCAAGCUCAGUCAUGCACUAAUUUCCCCCUAUAAUAAUGUAAAUGUCACUUCUUGCCUGUAAGUAAACAGUAAACCUGUAUUUGUGUGUGUACAUGUAUAACCAACUACUAAGUUAUUCAACACUGUGUCAUUUUAAAAAUAUCUUGCACAACAAUUUAGAUUUUUCCAGCAAGUUGCUGCUUAUGGCACAAUGAUUGUACUGCUCAGUUUCUGUUUUGUUGCUAAUAUGCUGCGUUUUAAUUUAAGCGGCCUCUUUUGUAGCAGUCCAUCUAAUCAGAUGGGACAAUAACCAGGGUUACAAAAGUUGCUUGUUUUAUGGAAUACACCUCAAAAUAUAUUUUCUGGUUUAGUUUUUUUAAAAAAUUAAUUACUUGUACUAAAUACAGAUCUUAUUGCCAAAAAUUAGUAUUUCAACACACACUGGCUGUUUGAAAGGAAAAGAGGUCCACUAUGUUUUUUAAUCCUAAACUUGAAAUGUUAAAUGUUCGAAUGUUAUGGUCUAGAGUAAUUUCUAAUAACUUACCAAACCUGUAAUAACUUACCAAACUUCUUGUUACAAAAGUAACAAGAAGCUAUGCAUAACAGCUAAGUGCCAGUAGGGAGAGGCUAACCCCUCCCCCUUGGUUUGGAAAAGGAUUUGGUAUGUCAGAUUUGGAGAGUCUUUCAGAUAAAGGCUGGUGUAGGUGCGAGCUUUGUGACUUGGCACAUAACUUUAAUAUGAUUUGCUCAAACUGAAGCAUGGCAUCUGAUUAUACCAGAACUCAAUGGAGCAGUAGCUUGGCUUGACCAGUUUCAUACACCUACUGGUGUAGCAUUGUUCUCAAGUUUCCACAGUGCCUUUUAAGAAAACACGCCAAGCAUUCCAGCACUUGCUGCUGCUGUCCUCAUGACACCCAUUCCUCUCCUUUUCCCUUAUCGUCCAGCUUUCUUUCAAUCAGUAGAAGCUUCUGGGUUGGCAACACUGCCACAGAAGGAGCAGUUGCUGUGACAAAUAACUGGUGCCCUCUGUUCCCCUGAUGCACAACCAGCCUUUCCUGCAAUCUACAGGAAAUCCAAAAUGCCAAAUAAAAAAUUAAGAUUUGAACUUGUUUACAAAAUAACUAUUUUUGUAUUUGCCUAGAGUUUUCUCAAAUAAAACAAAUUUUUUUGGGAGGGGGGCUGCUCUGAUGCUUUUGUGCACUUCUUUGGGGCAGCCUGUGGUAAUCAAUUUUAGCACUUGCUAAUGAGUGAAUGUGUUUUUGUCUGAAGUCCAAACAGCAACAAGAUUAGUUGGGGAAACUAUUUUAUAUACAUGGUGACCAUUAUUAGGGAGCAUAAUAGUCAUUGCUUGAAAAGUCCAGUGUUAAAAUUUAUGCUUUGCUUACCCCACCCAUUUUACUGGAAAUGUGUUAAGUAUUUAUUUUGAAAGGAUAUACUCCCUAAUAAAAUACUUUCUAAAC